AUGGGGAUCCCAUCAAUUCACACCAUUCAGGGGAGAAUGGAGGAGACAGGCGGUCAGGUGCUAUCGCCUCGAAGCGUCUUCAAACCGGCGGUCCUUUAUUCACAGACACUGUUGCCUAAGCCCGAUUUUGGGUCUACAAACUUUAACCCACUCCAAGAAGAACCCAACCGGGCGGCCUCGACUGUGAAGAUGGAGACGCACGACGUUUGUGCUUACCAGCAACUCGGAAGACAGACGAAGCAGAAUUGA